AUGGUGCCCCGCAGCACGCUCAUGGUCGUGCUCACCUCGCUCUUCGCCACCCGCGUGGCCGCGCACGGUGCGAUGACGUACCCGAUGGCGCGCAACUACUUUGACCCGUCGAGACAGCCGGACGUUGGCACCGGCGGCCCCGACGCCUCAGGUCGGCCCGACUUCCAGAGCGGCAAUGGGUACGGCAACGGUCCGAAUUUCUUCAGCGAGGCCGGUGGCAGCCCGUGUGGCGACGAGCGAAACUCGGGAUACUCGUCACCAGGUUGGCAUUACAAAGGACGCAACGUAGACGAUCCGCUUGGGAACAGGGCUGAAGGCGUCAGCAUGAGCGACAUGUACUUGCAGCUCAGGGCGGACAAGGCCAAGUGGGGAUACUUCCAGCCGGGCGGCACAUUUGAUGUCCACAUGACGAUCACGGGGUACCACGGAGGAAAAUUUGCGCUUUACCUGUGCCCGUGGCACCCGGGCACCGACGACUUUGAUUACGAGGAGUGCGGAGUCUUCAAGUCGUUGCCACGUUUCAACACAAGCUCGCCCUACUUCAUCGAUGAGUACGAACUGCCUGAGAAUUUCAUCCUCUGUCAAAACUGCAUGGAUGAGACGAUCAAUCCUCGUGUCGAGCACAACGGCCGUAACUGGUCGCUUGUCGCCAACUACGACCCCAGCCGACCAGUGAACGAUCAGCUCUGCGGCUACAGCGAGCCGUUCAUCAACCCCACCGUUGGUGAGUGCAGCUUUGGCAUGGUUGCUGACGGCAACGGCUGCCAGGGUCCCGCUGCUGGCAGCUUGAUGAACUGCGAUGGAACAUCCAAGCACAUCAUCCGGGAUGUGCGGGUGCCUCCCGCCCUCAUGACGGAGGACGCCGUUCUGGUGUGGCACUGGAUCACGGCGAACAACCCGGACGAGCCCGCUGAUGCGGAGCAGUUCAUGAACUGCGCCGACAUGCAAAGCUCGAUCCCUCCGAACCCCCCUGCGCCCCCAAACCCACCGUUCUCGCCGCCGGCACCCCCGGCGCCCCCGCCACCCCCGUUCCCGCCGUGUGGGGACCCUCCAGAGUACCCCUGCUUGGGAGAGGGAGGGUACUGUGGAGAUUGCCCCACGGGCGGCCCCCCGUGCACGGAGGUUCCUGCAGUUUACUGCGGACCAGGGCUGGCCUGCGUCUCGAUGGGCUACACCAUGGAAUGCAGGCCGGAAGCUGACAUGUUCGGAUCGAUGUUCCCAGAGGCGACGCCGGUGAAGGCGCGGGGGUCGCUCCUCUUUGGCGGCGCCAGCGCCGCAUGGGACUGCGAGGAGGGCGAGGGGACCUUCAGCACCAACGGCUUUGACGCGUUUUGCAAGGUGCCUGCCGGAACCACCCCGCCGGAUCUGCCAGGUCUGAACAAGGUCCGCAAAGGAGGCGUGGGUGCCGCCAGCUACCGGGGGUGGACGACAUGCUUCCGCCCAGUCUACCCUUACGGGUGCGGCGAAGGCUGCCUCAAGGUCACCUGCAACGGCAAGGCCGCGUACGUUGCUACCGUGGACAACCAGGCUGGGGGGCCGCACGUCGGUGACCUGUGGUACCCGGGCGACCGUGACACCAUGCACGUCGUAGCUGUCUGGGGAGCUACGAUCUGCGGCGGCAACCUCUGUGGCGAAGACGGCGAGAUGCUCACCUGCGCCUACGAGAGCGCGGACUCCUCGCACUGCUGGGAAUGA